UCCUCCUCCCGCCGCCUUCGGAGCGCAGGGUCCGGCCGCUGCAGCCGCUCGGAGCUCUCGGCUGAGGCGCGGAGCGCGGGCCCCUGGCGAGCGGGCGAACGGGCGAGCGGAACCGGGAGCGGGAGCGGCGGGGGAGCCGGCAGCAGCCGCGCAAGGAGCCCCGAGCUACGCGGCCGACGUCCUGCAAACUUGGGCGCGCGCUCGCGCCACGGCACCGCUGCCCGAGCGAUGAAGAUGGUCGCGCCCUGGACGCGGUUCUACUCCAACAGCUGCUGCCUCUGCUGCCAUGUCCGCACCGGCACCAUCCUGCUCGGCGUCUGGUACCUGAUCAUCAACGCUGUGGUGCUGCUGAUUCUGUUGAGCGCCCUGGCUGACCCAGACCAGUACCACUUUUCAAGUUCUGAGCUGGGAGGCGACUUUGAGUUCAUGGAUGAUGCCAACAUGUGCAUUGCGAUUGCAAUUUCUCUUCUCAUGAUCCUGAUAUGUGCCAUGGCCACUUACGGAGCAUAUAAGCAACGCGCUGCCUGGAUCAUCCCGUUCUUCUGUUACCAGAUCUUUGAUUUCGCCCUCAACACCUUGGUUGCCGUCACUGUGCUUGUUUAUCCAAACUCCAUUCAGGAAUACAUACGACAGCUGCCUCCUAAUUUUCCCUACAGAGAUGAUAUCAUGUCCGUGAACCCUACCUGUUUGGUCCUUAUUAUUCUUCUGUUUAUCAGCAUUAUCUUGACCUUUAAGGGUUACUUGAUUAGCUGUGUCUGGAACUGCUACCGAUACAUCAAUGGCAGGAACUCCUCUGAUGUCCUGGUUUACGUUACCAGCAAUGACACUACGGUGCUCUUACCUCCGUACGAUGACGCUGCUGUGAACAGCGCUGCUAAGGAGCCGCCACCACCUUACGUGUCCGCCUGAGCCCGCGAGUGGGGGGCCCGAGAACAGCAGCUUGAUUUCCAGACGUCAGAGCGAUAGUUCUUUCUUUGCACUUCUGGGAUGAGCUCUCUGAGCUUAUUUGUUGCUGAAAUGCUCCAGUUUUUAAAUGUAGAUGUUAAGUUGAAACCCUCUUUAGUUUUAAGCAUAUGCUUCGCUAGAGCACGGUGAUAGACUCACUGUAGAGUUCUCUGGGGCGGGGGGUGGGGGGGCGCAGUGGGCUUCCCUUGUCUUCCCGGGGGUUCCCUAGGCACUGAACCUUCCCAGCAAUCUCGAUGAGCCCGGAGUCAGAGAAGUCUGGUUUUGUCCCUCCUGGGCCUCGGAGUCAGGGAAUUCAUCACAUUUUCCCCCUGUGUUCCCUCUUAUCUCUUUUGGAAAGUGUAAAAUAAAAUCAAAAUUAGAGAAUGCUUUUCUUAAGCCAUUCCAGUAUUUGAACAAACCCUUCAAACCUUACAGAACAGGCAUAUCAAUUGUGUGAUCCUUGCUCUAAUUAGGGAAAUAGGAGUCCAUAUCUAUAUAAAUAAAACAAGAAUUUCCUCAAGAUUCUUUAUGACUUAAAUUCAAUGACAGUUUGUAUUUGCUGUUCAAGGAUUUUGUCCACGGGCGGAAUUGAGACCCUUCCACAAUCCCAGGCGGUGACCGCGGCCACUCUCCGACGGCUGGUCUUGAACGCCCUGUGUCUGGGGUCACGGGGUGGCGUGUGCUGCCUGUGUUACAGUCGUGGAGCAGAUGCGUUUCGUACCGCUUGGUGCUCCCUUCCUCCCGGUUUCCCAUGCCCACCCAGGACCCUUUUCACUAAAGAUUUGCGUAAGAGUAUGAAAAAAAGGUCUUCUCUCCCUGCAAGGCGCAUCCUACCAUUUUGAAAUUCCAAGUAUGCUCAGACACCUGUUCAAAUGUAAAACGGUCUUCAGAAAGGUGAGGAGGGGUGCUUUUCUUGUGGAAUGCUCUUAUCUCGCCCACCUGAAUUUCAAGGAACUUUCAUAUAUUCACAUGGUCAAAAGUCACAGCUCUCCUGUCUGUUCAUUGUUGAGUGUGCUGUAAAUGAAGGCUUUGCAAUUAAAGUGAGAUUUGCCCACA